UAAGGUCGUGAAUUUCGUGUCGAGAAGAGUAUUCGCGAAGCUAUAUAAACGUGCGAAUGGCGGGUCGGCUGGUCAUUUCAUUUUUGAAAACCCACCGAAAUCGAACCACAAGCUGCCGCGUUCCCGUUGCGGAUGCUGAUGCUGCUUCCGUGCCGCCUGAGCGAACUGUGUAACCAGCGAAGCGAGGAGUCCAACUCAAUAAUUAAUAAUCGGCUGUGAUCUGAAUAAACGUGUGGAUAAAUAUUUGGUGAAGGUUGAAUAACAAAUUACAGUUGGGUUGGGCAAUGAAAGUGAAUAAAAAGUGGUGAAUCUGACCAGUUCCACUAAAACUGAACUAAAAUUUGAGAAAAUGGUGGAGAAGGCCUCGCUGUCGCAACUCAAGAGUUUAAAAUGGGGACGUCUCUUCAAUAUGUUCUAUAUAGAACCGGUUGUAUUUAUGCUGAUCUUCUCGCACGUGUUGACAGGUACAAUCAUGCGCAAUCAGCUGAUCUACCAGACCUGUACAGUGAUAUUUCGGUACAACGAGACAGACUGUAAACUCUUGGAUAGCAAAAACACCUCCACAGAGAUACAAGCCAUCGAAACAGAGCUGCAGUCGUAUGUGGCCAACAUGUUCCUAAUCCGCACGCUCUUCGAGAGCAUUGUGCCGGCCAUCUGUGGGCUCUUUAUAGGCUCCUGGUCGGAUCGCUAUGGACGCAAGCCCCUGCUGGUGGUAUCUAUGAUUGGAUUUUCUGCCUCUUCCCUGGUUACAUCGAUUAUUUGCUGGAUGUCCCGCUACUAUAUGGUCAAUCCUUGGUGGUACACUCUGGCUGCGGUGCCCCACUCCUUGCUUGGAGGUAUGUGCGUGUUCUAUGUCGCCGCCUCCUGCUUCAUUUCGGACACAACGGAUAUUAAAACAAGGCCUUAUAGAAUGAUGUUCAUGGAGCUGAUUCUCUUUGUGGCCCUCACUAGUGGUUCGCUUCUCUCCAGCUUUCUCAGCGCAGCCACCAGUGCGGCCUUCGUGCAGAGUCUAUCCUGUUUCAUGAUUGUCUUGGCAACACUCUUCAUAGUUUUCUAUCUUCCCGAGAGCUUGGGUAUGCUGCAGGAUGAUGAGGAUAUCCCAGAGAAACAAAAGGAUGCGGUUGUGAGCAUCAGUAUUUCCGACCAGCAGCUGAACGUAUCCGAGAAGUCUGAAAAGCUUUCUGAGAGACCUUCCCAAGUGGAGCAGAGCGAACCUGGAUUGUUCAGUCUGAAAAACGUCAAAGAUAUGUUCAGUACUUGCUUCAAGAGGAGGGAGAAUAAUGCCCACACAAUCAUUUGGCUUGUGACUUUGGCUGGCUUUGUCUCCAUCUUUGUUGGCGAUGGCGUGAUGACUGUGAUGUAUCUGUUUGUGCGUCAACAGUUUCACUUGACUGUUCGCGAGUACAUUAUCUUUGAGACAGUCAGCCAGUCUGUGCCCAUGCUAGGAGCACUCCUUGGCUUUCUUAUUUUGAAAAAGAUAUUUGGUGUAUCUGUGGUUGCAUUGGCACUACUCUCUCUCGUCUCGGAGAUCCUCAGCAGCCUGGCCAAGGGUUUUGCCUUCCUAUCCUGGCACUUGUAUUUGUCGGUGGUUCUCGGAGUCUUUCGCUCUAUUCAGGGACCCAUGUGCCGCACUAUAGUAUCCAAUAUAGUGCCAGCUUCCGAUACGGGUAAACUUUUUGCAAUUGGCAACAUUGUGCAAUCGGUGGCACCAUUUGUGGCCGCACCCCUAUACACGGCCAUCUACAAGGGCUCCCUGGCCAGCAAUCCGGGCGGAUUCAACUUCCUCAGCGCUGCGCUCUACUUAAUAUCGUUUAUUCUGAUUGGCUAUGUGCUGAGAAUUAAGUUCCAGCACAGGACAUUCUAUGCCAAGCUGCUGAAGUAGUCAAAGUAAACCAAAAGGCCCCGCCCUAUCAAUAUUGAUUGAGGUCGAGUUUGUCAAGUUUACAUAGCUUGCACGUUGACAACUUUCCAAGAACCACAUUGAAUAAAUGGUACUAUUAAAACAGUUAAAAUCAUCCCUUCAUUUG